CCGUCGUGGCUCUCUCAACGUCUGGGUUGGUGGCCGGUCAGGAGUUAGCUUCUUAACCGACAGUUUUUAUCUGUCGGGAAUAAUAUCAGACUCGUUUCAAGCUCUCAGGCUAAUAUUAAGCAAACUUGUCUCGUCGAAAGGAAACAACCUGUGCAUUAUGCAGAAAAUGAGCUACUUCUCCCCCCUGCUCUUCGUGUGCUUGGAUGUGUGUGUGCUGCAAGCCAUCGGCCUGGCACAGCUCUCCCCUCUCCUCCUCUCCCAUCCUUUCCUCACCCUAUGGGGAGGAGCGGCGAUACGGGCCUGCUUCUUUGUCUUCCUCAUCCUCACCUACCCUGGAAGCCUGCCGUGGAUGAGCAGCUUUCAGGGGCUCCAGAGCUUAGGGGUCCUUUGCUUCAACUUCCCAGUGUACACCACUCUUCUCUGGGCGCUGGGGCAGCCGGUCGUGGAGGAACUGUGGGGGUGGCACUCAUGGGAAAGGGUGUUACAGGGUUAUGUUGUGACAGUAGUGGCCUGGCUCUACUGGAGCCGAUAUGUGUCAUCUCUUUUGCUCUCCUGGGGUCGAUACGUCUCAUCUCUGUUCACGAAGACGGCCUCUGAGGAUCCCAAAGAUGACACUGGUGCCUCUCUGCAGAGACUGAUGGGAUACAUGAGGCCCUAUCUCUGGCGCUUUGUUGCAGUGUUGUCUCUGGUGGUCCUCUCUUCUUAUGGUGAGAUGGCUAUUCCUCAGUACACUGGUCGCGUGGCUGACUGGAUCAUAAAUGAAGAAGCACCUGAUGCAUUCACAGAGGCCAUCACAGUCAUGACAUUAAUGACCAUUGCCAGUGCUGUGCUUGAGUUUGUGUGUGACCUCAUGUACAACGUCACCAUGAGCCGCAUACACACCUCAGUGCAGGGAGUUGUCUUCCAGGCUGUGCUGAAACAGGAGAUUGCUUUCUUUGAUGCUACAUCAACAGGUGAACUGGUGUCUCGCAUUACCACGGAUACCAACGAUAUGAGCGAGGCGCUGAGUGAGAAACUAAGUCUCGUGAUGUGGUACACAGCGCGUUUUGCCUUCCUCUUGUUCUUCAUGGUGAGCCAGUCAUGGAAAAUGACCCUACUCACUUGCAUGGGACUUCCCAUCAUAUGGGUCAUACCCGAACUCACUGGACACUUCCACCAGACUAUGGCUGUAAAGGUUCAGGAGUCACUGGCUAAAGCCAACCAGGUGGCCACAGAGACCUUCUCCUGCAUGAAGACAGUGAGGAGUUUCGCCAACGAGGAUGGUGAGACACAGAGGUACAGAUGGCGGCUGGAGGACACUUACGCCCUUAAUAAAAAGGAAGCAGCAGCCUAUGCAGCAUCUACCUGGGCCAACAGCAUGACCACUUUGGCCCUGAAGGUGUUCAUUCUGUACUAUGGAGGGACUCUUGUGACCAGGGGCACCGUUAGCAGUGGAGACCUGGUGUCAUUCGUCCUUUAUGAGCUACAGUUUGCUUCUGCAGUUGAGGCUGUCAUGCGUUAUUACCCUGAAGUGAAGAAGGCAAUAGGUGCUUCUGAAAAGAUCUUUGAGUAUUUGGAUCGGAAACCUCAAGUACCGCCAGAUGGCACCUUGGCCCCUGAAAAUCUUAAGGGACACAUUCAGUUCAAAAAUGUUAGAUUUUCCUAUUCUGGCAGCACAGAAGAAAACAAUCUUGUGCUUAAGGAUGUGUCUCUGGAGGUAAAACCAGGCCAAAUCACUGCCCUUGUGGGACUUAACAGAUCAGGGAAGUCCACCUGCGUCAAGCUGCUGGAGAGGUUUUACCAGCCCCAAGCAGGGGAGAUCCUACUGGAUGAGAAACCACUGCAAAGCUACGCAGACCAGUACCUACAUGACAAGAUGGCUGUAGUGAGCCAGGAUUGUGUGCUGUUUGCUCGCUCUGUCCGGGAGAACAUCAAGUACGGCUGCAUGGACGCCUCUGAUGAGGAGAUGCACAAGGCUGCCAAGCUGGCUAGUGCCCACGAAUUCAUCCUGGAACUUCCAAAUAAAUAUGACACAGAUGCUGGAGAGAAGGGAGGCCAGGUGUCUGGAGGCCAGAGACAGCGCAUUGCAAUUGCUAGAGCUUUAAUCAGACGUCCCAAAAUCCUGAUACUGGACAACGCUACCAGUGACUUGGACACAGAGAAUGAAUACCAGGUCCACCAAGCUUUGUUGAACCAAUCCAACAACUGCUCUGUGCUGUUGAUAUCCAACAAGAUGAGUGUUGUAGAGAAGGCCAAUCAUAUAAUUGUCCUCAAUGAGGGCAUGGUAAAGGAGGAGGGAAGUCAUGGUGAGCUGCUGAAGAAACAAGGCCUUUAUGCUGAACUGGUGAAAAAGCAGAACAUGAGCUUUCACCGUAAAGAAGAGGAGAGGAAUGAUACACAGUGAUACGUUGGGGCGGUGGUUUGCCCUCAAGCCUAGAAGUCGAGUUCCAGGAGGGUUGCUGAUUAAAAGUUCGGACUUAAAGGGUCAAAACUCCAGCUCCACUUGCACUAUAUUUAACUAUAUUGUGAGACCAUACUUUUAACUACAAGUAUUGGUAGAGUUUUGACCCUUUAAGACUUUUUUCCCUUCUCCAUGCACCUUGGAAAUAGGUGAAGUUGUACCAGAAAUCCCUACUCCGGAAUUCCAGGAUGUAAAAAAACUAACUGGAAAAAUAGAUUGUACCCUUCAGUCAGCAACCCCUGGGCUAGGCGUCUGACCCCCAACUGCUCCAGGAAGAAUGGGCCCAUUUGGACAGGGCGAUACAGACACAAUCUUCAAACACAAUACAUUUAAAUUUAUAUUGUGAUAUGGACAUUCUGUAUAUCAAAAUAUAGUUCACAUUCUCAUCAAAAUUCUGUUUAUGGAUCAAAUAAUCAGACGUGACUGUCUAUUUCUGCCUUAUCUAGUAAUGAAACACGUGAUUCAAAAAUCAUAGAAAGUCAAUAUUUCCACAAAGCAGUCCUGCUCAUCGAGUUGCAUGAUUGCCCACAAUGGUCUGAAGCAACCACGGAUACAGUGUGAAGGGGGUAGCUACCAUUGUGUAAAUGGUAGGGGCAAAAUCUCAGAUGGUGGACAAAUUAAAAUUGUCCCAUGGAAUAUAUUUUCAUAAUGCCCAAGUCCAGAUCUCAAUGGGUGUGAUUGGGAAUCAUCUUAAAUGGAUGUAUUUAAUAAAUGCUUUUGUCCAUAGCACUUUUCAAUUUGCCUUUGAUUCACACACCCACUUAUGGUAGGGAGCUACUGGCACAAUGUUGCCCCACGACACACGGGCAAGAAAUGUUGACAUGAAGACCGAAGGAGCCAAGGAUCGAACCCCCAACCCUUCAGUUCAUGUACGAGUACCGCAUUGCUUCAUACAUGUUGCAAACGUAGAUGUAGAAGAGAUGAAUCAGCUAGACUUUAGACAUUUUAUAUUGCAGUAUUUAAGGUUGAUUGUUUUCUAAAUUUCAUAGCUGUAAAUAUUUCUCAUAUUGGUCAAAUAUUUGUUGAUUGUGCUUUUGCUAUGUAAAUAACUUAACCUAUUCAUUCUUUUUUGCCUCCCUAGAGAUACAAUAAAUCUCUGUGAAAGUUUCA